UAUCGAAAAUCGUAUGAUGGCAGCCGCGUCCGAACUUGCUGGCGAGUGAGAGGCCGUUCCAGAACAUCUAAACGACAAUUACUGGCUACGUCAUCGCGAACCGUUGGGGUUGCUAUGUAGAAUACAGAACGCUUUUAAAACAACACAGCUUGGCGCAGUGCAGAUUUCGAGAACAUUUCUCGCCUGUCCAAGCAAAAGCAUCAUCAUGGUGAUCGACGGCGACAGCGCAGUUGCUCUGUUGGACCGGAGGACUCCCCUGCCCGAGCGACAGGUGUUGACUUAUACCGACUUCGAGCGGCACCAACCCCGGGAGGCCAGUCUGUCCUCGCCGUUACCGGGUGACGUGGUGUUGCUGGCCGAAAAGGAGAGUUUGCCGGCCAGCAGGUUUUCUCUCGGACAGUGCAGUGAGUACUUCCGGGAUCACCAGUUCAGCACCAUGGCCAGCGGCGACUCCAGUUUCAAGCCCUGCUUACGUCUGGAUGACGUCACGGCGGCUGCAGUGAGCGCGAUGGUUCACUUCUCCUACACGGGGCAGCUGAGCGUCGGCAUGGACAACAUCCGGGAACUGCUGCACGCCAGCCGGAAACUAGGGGUAACCGGGAUGGAAUACCUCUGUAUUCGGUUCCUGCGACAACACAUUGAUGCGGAAAGAUGCGUGGAAGUGUUGAACAUUGCCUUCGAGUACAAGCUGGCGUGUCUGGAAGAGACGGCCAGAAAUUAUGUCAUUGAGAACUUCAAAGACGUGUCAAGUACUGAAGGAUUUUUGAAGCUUGACCUCAGACAGAUGUGUGCUGUUCUGGGGAGUGAUAAUCUGGAUACUGACUCAGAAAUUGAAAUUUUCCGAUCCGCCAAGCGCUGGGUGGAGGCCGAUCGAGGCUCGCGCUUGAAGCACGUGGGGAAGGUAAUGCGCAACGUGCGCUUUCCACUGAUGGGGCGGUACCGCCUGAAACACGAGGUCUCCAACGUGGACUUCAUGAAGAAAGACCGCGACUGUGAAGCCAUACUCCUCCACGCCAUGGACUACCGGGCCGGCAUCGACCACCACCGCGUGCACGACUACGAGAACGAGCGGACGCAGGUGCGCGGCGGUGCCGAGGUGGUGGUGGUGGCGGGCGGCGACUACGACGUUCCCGAUCACGCUCAGUACAGCGACAACCUACUGUACCUUCAUCCCGGCCAGGACUCCCCCGGCCUGCUGGCGGACAUGUCCGGGAACGUCACCGGCCACGCUGCCGCGGUCCUCGACAACUUUUUUUACGUGGCCGGCGGCUGUUUCGACGGCGGCCCGCCGAGCGCCGACUUUCACCGCUACGACCCCAGAUUCAACCGCUGGACAAGACUUCCCUCCAUGAAACAGGGUCGCACGGGCUUCGUUCUUCUAGCCCUGGACGGAUGCAUCUGGGCCAUCGGCUCGGGUUAUGAGAUGCGCGGCCGCAUGUUUCCCAUAGAAAGAUACACUCCACACAAGGACAAGUGGGAACUGAAGGCUAGCGUAGGCGCGCAAGUCCAAGCCGCGGGAGGAGCCGUCCUGAACGGACAUAUCUACUUCACGGGAGGCAUGGCGGGAACGCAUCGCGACCAGACCAGGAAGGACGUGCUGAAGUACUCCCCCGAGGGAGACUACUGGCAGGACGUACAGAGCAUGCGCAAGAAGCGCUGGGGACACUCGUCCGUGGCGUGCUGUGGGAAGCUGUACUCAGUCGGAGGGUGCAACGGAGCCCGGGAGCUACUGUCGUCGGAGUGCUACACGCCGGCCACCGACCAGUGGUCUGCUGUAGCCUGGAUGAGGUUUCCGCGCCACCUAGCGGGCUGCACGGUCCUGCAGGACAGGAUCUGGCUGGUUGGCGGGAAGAACCGUCGGAACGGCGCGCUGACGGACGUGUGGAGCCUGGACCCGCACACCAACAGGUGGUCCCGCCAGGACACCGUGCUGACGGUGGGGGUCGCCGGGCCGGCCUGCGGCGUGCUGAAGAUACGACCACACAGGGAACCAAUGGAGACACUUGUCUGACAUGACACGAUACAUUUCUACAGAUUUGUGCAUCAAAACGACUUUUCAAAUUUCCACUGUACAGAACAGAAAUGUCCUCCCACGAUGUUGCACACUUACUCUUUUGACUAGUUUUUUACAUUUGCUCCUAUUGUCGAAGCAAGUUGGAAAAUGCACGCAUUUUGAUAGUCGCGCUUAUUACAGAAGUGACAUGUCACGAACGUAACUUAUUUUUACCCAUGUGCGUAUAAUCGUUAAUAUUGUGUUAAGAGUUGUACUAUUACCCUCUCACUGGGGUGUUCAAAAUAUAGUGAAGUGGAGUGCUGAUCCGCGCACGAACAGGUGGUCCCGCCAGGACACACGUACCGUGCUGACGGUGGGGGUCGCCGGGCCGGCUGAAGAUACGACCACACAGGGAACCAAUGGAGACGCUAGUCUGAUAUAACAUACUUUUUACAUAACUGUUAUCCGUCAUUGUGCAACAAACAAAAACUUUUAUUGGCGUUGUACAGAGUGAAAAUGUUGCGCACAGUCUUUUGUAUCUUUAUACCGCGAAUCCAUUUCCGAAAGACUUCAACCAAAUGGCAAUGGAGACGCUAGUCUGACAUGACACGAUAUAUUUCUGCAUAGAUACAGAAUUGUGCAUCAGAAACGACUGUGCAAAACAGCAAUGUGCUCCCAAGAUGUUGCACAUUUGACCUUUUGUACAUUUGCUCCUAUUGUCGAAGCAAGUUGUUGAAGGCAUGCAUUACAAUCGAGGCAUUUUGAUUGCCUCGCUUAUUACAGAA